GAAACUCUCGCCGAUCGCGGGGCGAUGCUCGCGCGUGGGCUGGGCCGCACUCGCCGUGCCGGCACGCGCGCGCUCUCGAGCCUCCCUGAGACCCCGCCGCUGCCGCUCUUUGGCAUCGGCGGGCGGUACGCGACCGCCAUCUACACGGCGGCGGCCAAAAAGGGGGAGCUGGAGAAGGUCGACACAGACCUCAAGGCCUUCUCAGAGGCGCUCGAGGGAAUGCCGGCGCUGACGGCCUUCAUCGGGAACCCCAACGUGCCGCGCGCCGAGAAGGCCGCCACGCUCGUCGCGUGCCUCGACAAGAUGGGCGGCUGCACCACCAGCAAGAACGCGGUGGCGGUGGUGGCUGAUGGCGGCCGCUCGACAGAUCUGAAAAAGGUGCUCUCAAUGUUCAACGAGCUGAUGGUGGCGGCCAAGGGCGAGGUGACCGCGCACGUGACAACCGCCCAGGAGCUCGACGCAGCCGGCCAGGCGGUGAGCUACUCGGUGGACCCGGGCCUCAUUUCGGGGCACACCAUUGAGAUGGGCGACAAGUUCAUCGACUACUCGGCCGCGACGCAGCUCAAGAAGCUCACCGCGCUGCUUGGCAUCGGUGUUUGAGCCCGCGCGGCAACGCGGCGCGUGGGGUCUCCAGGGCGUGUAGAGUCUGGACUCUGGAGAGGGGGGGUUGGCGUGUUGGGAGAAGGCUGUCCAGGGGGGAGGGGCAGGUUCGAGGUUGGCGCGCGCACCGCGCCCCGCUCGUCCGGUUGUGUGUAUGCGCCUCUCGCCCGGUCACUCUUUACAUACCAUACACAAAAAAUGGGCAUUGGGCUCGCCAGCCU